GCAAGUAUUAUUUUCUUUAGUUUGCUAUCCCAAGUGUUAUUUCAGAAAAUAAAAUGCCACAACUUGAAGAUCGGGAGGCCGCUUUAUCAAGAUUACAGGCAAUAAAAGAAGAGGAAAGAAAAGGGCCAAGAAUAACUAAAGAAGUUUUAAGGAAGCAUUGUAAAGAAAACAAACUUUACUUCACACCACAUCUGAAUGAUGUUUUGUAUUUACAUUUCAAAGGAUACACUGUAAUCGAGAACUUAGAAGAAUACACAGGCCUGAAAUGUCUUUGGCUUGAAAAUAAUGCAUUAUUACGUAUUGAAAAUUUAGAGAAACAAAUAAACUUAAGAUGCCUUUAUCUGCACAACAACAUUAUUAAGAAGAUUGAAAAUCUAGAGGAGCUUCAAUUACUGGAUACUCUGAACCUUAGUCACAAUUACGUGGAGAAAAUUGAAAAUUUAUCCAUCCUACCGGUUCUACACACAUUGAAUCUGAGUCACAACAAGUUGGAGACUGUGGAAGAUAUCAGUCAUCUGCGAGACUGUGUGGAGUUGUCGGUCGUAGAUCUUUCUCACAACAACCUUCAGGAUGAAUCAGUUGUACAGGUGUUUGCGUCGAUGCAGAAUCUUCGAGUACUUAAUCUCAUGGGGAACCCAGUUAAAGGGAAGAUUCGUAACUACAGAAAUGUUAUCACUGUUGAAUGUAAAAACUUGCAGUAUUUGGACGACCGUCCAGUUUUCCCAAGGGAUCGUGCUUGUGCUGAAGCUUGGGCAACAGGAGGAUACGAAGCUUCCGAAAAAGUGAGGUUGGAGUGGAUUGAGAAUGAUCGUCUGAAGAUACAGAGGAGUGUGGAAGCCCUUUUACAUUUGAAGGAAACUCGCAAAGCCAAGGCAUUGGAAGAAAAGACCGAGGAUGAAAAUUCUGGAGAGGAAACACAGACAGAACCAACAGGAAAUUAUAUCCAGAAGGCAACUAUUGAAAACCAUCAAAAAGAAUUUAAGGAAGAGGAAAAUGAAAUAGCACCUUCAAUCUCACCCAGGGGUUUGAAAACUGAGGAAAAUAUAAAAAAACUGAAUCCUGCUGUUGGUUUGGAUCAGAUUAAAUCUGAAGAUACAGAAAAGAACGGAAUAAUACAAGAGUGCAAAGAGAAAUCUCAGGAAAUGUUCUCAACAAAAAAAGAAAAGUAUUUAGAUACAAAUUGUGGUAAUACUGAUUCUGCGGGUGAAAAUGAAGCAUGCAUUUUGCCUUUAACCAGUACUAAUCCAACUUCAAUGGUUGAUUUAGAAGAAAAGUAUUUAGAUACAAAUUGUGGUAAUACUGAUUCUGCGGGUGAAAAUGAAGCAUGCAUUUUGCCUUUAACCAGUACUAAUCCAACUUCAAUGGUUGAUUUAGAACCACCAAGGACCCUUAUCGAAGUUGUAAGAAACAAAGAAGACGCCACCGAAAAUUUAAAUUUAGUUGGAACAAAAGAGUUGGAACCAGUAGAUAACAUAUUUAAGAGAAGCUCAACGAAUAAAAAUAAUAAAUUGCUGAAGCAUGUAAUCAACAUUAAAGUAGAUGAUGGUUGUGAGGAAGAAAAAUCUGAAAGCGUGGAAGUUUCACCACUAAAUUCCCCAGAAGAUCAUUCAGAUCUAAUAGAAAUUUCAACAAGGAAGUACAAAACUAUAAAUGUGGAAGAAAGUUUGAUAACAGAAUCAAACGAUGUUUCAGUGGAGGUUUUCAGACGACCAAAACCAUUGAUUGAGGAAAUAUUUAGUGAUGAUGACAAUGAUGAUGGAUCUUUGAACAAUUGUGUUGAAGGUAAAGAUAAUCUUGUGUCUGUGGUUGUGAAAGACGACAGUUGCAACGGUACAGAUACUUUUCAAGUAGAGUGUGAUGAAGUCACAAUCAAAGAGGGUGAUGAUAAGAUAAACCAAGACUCUCAGGGAAAAAAAGAAACGACAUCUGAUAAAAGGCUUUAUAUCGAUGUUGAUGUUACCAGUCAGACAGCAGCUGAACGACUAGAUGUUUUUGACAUUGACUCUAACAGCUCCUCAUCAUAUUUGGAUGAAAUCGAAACAUUACCAUUUAAGGGAGAUUUUAGUUGUUGUGAUGAAAACAGGUCAAGUCCUUAUGAAUUGGAAGCCAAAAAAACCAUGAUCUCUCUAGUAGACUGGCAAAGGCUGCUGGGAAGAGAUUCUGCUGAAGAUGAGAAAACUGAACCUAUCAGGGAAGUUGAUGAGUUAGUAGGAGUAGGAAAAACUGACGCCAAAGGAUCUAAUUCAGAUAUUAAUGAUUUCUUCAAGAUUCAUCUUGAAGAAACUUUAAACAAUGGGAGAAAAGAUGUUGAAUUUUCAUCUUUGCCUGACCUUGAUUGGGAAUAUUUAUACAAGGAUGAAUACAAGAUGUCUUGCAAAUUUUCAUCCACUCCUGAUCUAAAUACAUUUUUCAAAGCUGAAUCAAGCAGUAGAGUUUCUGAAUCUAUUGGUGGAAAAGGAAAACAAUUCCACAAGUUUAACAUCCAAGAAGCAACAGGGGAUUAUGAAAGGGGAACUGAGUUAAGCAUUGGUAAUAACACUGUGCCAAAAGUAGAAAAAUUUGCAGCUUCUGAAACAAAUGAAGACAGAGUUCCUUGUUUAUCUACAGGAGAAAUUACAAACACAAACAUAUCCCAAACUGUACAUGGAGUUUCAAGUACAGCUAAUGAAGAAGAAACCAAAAUCCAACAUGAACCUCAGGUGACUAGAUAUGUGAAUCGCUCACUUGAAUUGCAAAUUGCCUCUUCGCUGACGGAAAGUGACACACAUGAGAAUGAGCAAUAA